AUGACGAGGGAUCAACUAGAAUAUUCCACUAAGACCUACUACAACCAUCACCAUCCAGAAGGAUCCAUCACAACAAUUUUCCCAGUAAUAACUCUUCAGGUUGUUCUAACAGGAAUCACCACAACAACUACCCCUCAGCAAGAUCCGCCAUUUAGGAUCAAACAGGACCCUCCACAAGGACCCAGGACACCAACCAGGACUCAUCAAGACCCACCGGGCCUCACCAGGACCCACCAGGACCCAGGACUUCAACGUAACCGCGCAUCCGCGAACAUCCAGCCCCGGAAUACCGCGAUUCCGGGGCUUGCGUGGGGGGUGACCCCGGAGUCACCGUGACUCUGGGGAACUUUCGGAGCAGGACCGGAGCGGCUUUUUUUUGUAAUAAU